CAACCAAAAAUUUCGAGGACGUGGCUGGGACCAAUGCUCACCGACAUUAUUCUCCCUCUUCUCCUCUUUCCUGCCCUCACGGUGCUCGAAGUGACAAACAUUUUGCCCAGUAUCCAGUUCCUUGGCCCCGAAAUCCGAUCGAGUUGCAAACCAGGGUCGCCUCAUUUCAUCCCUCACACCAACAAUGAUCUCUUCGACACUCGCCUCUGCGGUUUGGUCUCAGUGUUCCACGUCGCCAUGAAACCAGAACUCACGCCUUUCCUGGUCUACUUCAUCGGAACCCUCGCUCCAGUCGCUGUCCUGUUUCAGUCCUUCGAAUCUGCAAGGAAAAGGCGUCGUUUCACUACCAGCCAUUCAGCCCUCUUGUUCGGCACCCUCGGACAGUUGGUCACAUUCGCAGCUGUGAUGCCGUUCUACUGGAUAUGUGAGAUCCUUUCGGGUCGCACGAAGAGGCGGACUGGGAAGGUGACACAGGCGCAUGCAGAGGCGGCGGUUUUUGGUCUUUUUAUUGGAUGGGUCAUCCCUUCGGUGGCGAUGGUCGCCAUGGCGGAUCCUGGGAUUACAGGACUCUGGCAGUUUGCUCCAAUUAUCGGCUUUAUUGCAGGGAGCAUACACCUCCUCUUCCGUCCGCCUACUGUACACUCGCAGUCAGGUUUCCGUACCGUCCAAGCAGCAUAUAUCGGCGCCUUUCUCGUGGCAUCGUCCAUCCAUCUGUCCACCGUUUUCAAGUUCAGGUCUCUGGACGACGCCCUCGCAUUCUUUUUCCCAGCAAUGUAUGCAGUAGCGCCGACUGAGGUAGUGUUGCGCCAUACGGCCAAUAUCUUCCAAUGGGAUUUCGCUGUGGGAUCUGGGAGCUGCCUUCUCGGCUCUCUGUGGUUCGCUCAGAGCGUAUCGCAGUUGCUUGGACUGGUAGCAUGGAUUGUGGUCGGCUCUGUGGUUUUUGGGCCCGGUGCAGCUUUUGCUGCCAUCGCAUUAUGGAGGGAAUCGCGACUGAGUGAAUCGUAUCAUUAUGAAGAGAAACCAAAAACAUUGUGA